GUGCAACCAUCUUUCUCAGGACUUGAGGGUCUGGUGUUCACAUCCCUUCCCUGAGCUGCCCACGGGGUAAUGGCACUGCCAAGAAAGCCUAACAUGUUUGAUCUGGGCCUGGGCACGUGGAGCCUUAGCUCCCAGGAGGAGAGCCAGAGGGCGCAGGGACCCCCCAAGGGUGUCAGCAAGCAGCUGCCUGAGUACAAGGCGGUAGUGGUGGGCGCGAGUGGCGUGGGCAAGAGUGCGCUCACCAUCCAGCUGAACCACCAGUGCUUCGUGGAAGACCACGACCCCACGAUCCAGGAUUCCUACUGGAAGGAGGUGGCCCUGGGCCACGGGGGCUGCAUUCUGAAUGUCCUGGACACGGCAGGGCAGGCCACCCAUAGGGCCCUGCGUGACCAGUGUGUGGCGAUCGGGGAUGGUGUUCUGGGGGUCUUCGCCCUGGAUGACCCCUCGUCUUUAGCCCAGCUGCAGCAGAUGCGGGCCACCUGGGGCCCUCACCACACCCAGCCCCUGGUCCUUGUGGGCAACAAGUGUGACCUUGUGACCACCACCGGAGACGCUCGUGCGGCCGCUGCAGCCCUUGCGAAGAGCUGGGGAGCCCCCUUCGUGGAGACCUCAGCCAAGACGCGGCAAGGUGUAGAAGAGGCCUUCACCCUGCUCAUCCAUGAGAUCCAAAAGGUCCGGGAGGCCAUGGCAAAAGAGGCCGUGGCAGGGCCAGGUGGGGAGAAGGGCCGGCACGAGAAGGCCAUGUGCCGCUGCGGCUGCUCCGUGGCCUAAAGAUCUUGGUCAAGAAAAGUGGCCCUCCCCCAGGCCAGGGUGGUGGUUCCUAGACAUGCAACCUCGGAAGCAGCUAGCUGUGUGGGGACACUGUUGGUGUACUGGGGAUAGAUGAAUCCCUCUCUCUCGGGGAGUUUUUUCUUUGGUGAUGGGCAUCUGAUAAUGUAGGGCAUAGUACU